AUGUCUAAAAUAAUAAGCGGCCCGGUGCGGCAUCGCCAAUCCUCUAUCCCUCUGCUCCCAUCCCUCUACAGACAAACAUCCACUUCAACACCUCUACGUCGUCAGAACCGCCUUCCUGCAUCCUAUUAUCGCGGCGGCACCUCCCGCGCUAUAAUAUUCUCCGCCUCCUCCCUCCCCUCCAACCCUACCCUCUGGCCCCCCAUCUUCCUCUCCAUCCUCGGCUCCCCCGAUCCCCAUGGGCGCCAACUCGACGGUCUCGGCGGUGGCAUCUCCUCCCUCUCAAAAAUAUGCAUCAUUGGUCCCUCCCCGCACCCUGCUGCAGAUGUGGACUACACGUUCGCUGCCAUAGGCAUCAGGGACUCCGAGGUAGACUUCUCGAGUAAUUGCGGGAAUAUGACUAGUGCGGUGGGGCCUUUUGCUGUGGAUAAUGGGAUGGUGGAUGUAGGGGAUGGGGAGAGUGAUGUGACGGUCAGGAUUAGGAAUACCAAUACGGGGAAAUUUAUACAUGCGCGGUUUGCGGUUGUGGGUGGGGAAGCAGCUGCGGGGGGUGGGUUCGAAAUUGAUGGGGUUGCGGGGAAGGGGGGGAAGGUCCAGUUGAGUUUUAUUGACCCUGCGGGAUCGAAGACAGGAAAGCUGCUACCGACAGGAAAUGUGGUAGAUAUGUUUAACGGCGUCAGGGCUACGUGUAUAGAUGCGGGGAAUCCGUGUGUUUUCGUACAAGCGGAGGACAUGGACAUUGAGGGCACGAUACUUCCCGACGAAAUCGAUGCGUGCCUUCCUCUGCUGUCAAAGCUGGAUUCCAUUAGACGAAAAGCAGCUGUGGCUAUGGGCCUCUGUCAAGACGAAGCUUCUGCUCCUGGUUCGAUCCCCAAGAUUGCUAUGGUCUCACGGCCAAAAACACAUACGUUACUAUCUGGGGAGACGAUUGAGCAGGAGAAAGUGGAUCUGGUAGUCAGAGCUCUGUCAGUAGGCCAGCCGCAUAGAGCUGUGCCUAUCACGGUAGCUAUGGCUAUUGCUGCUGCCGCGAACCUCGAGGGAUCAACAGUGCAAGGCAAAGUCUCGAGUGAGCGCGUUGAUCCUGAUGGGAUUACGCUCGGUCAUCCGUCGGGCAGGCUUAUGGUGGGUGCGAAGUUUGAUGAGAAAGGGCAUUUGCUGCAGGCGGAUGUGUUUAGAACGGCGAGAAGGCUUAUGGACGGCUUGGUCUAUUGGAAGUGA